GUGUCCGAACGGAUUGCGUCCCGUCACUUUUCGAAAUAUUGACCCCUUCAUCUGGACGGACGAUCGUUCGCAGAGAAGAGAGAGGGCGAGGUAGAGGACCGCGGACAAGAGAAAGACUUUCGCCCAAUGUCAAAAAACAGCAUCGGGGGGAUGGUCCACGUAUAAAAGUGGCAUCGUGAUUCGAAACUGUAUCACUCGUCCGAUUUUCGUUCUCGUUCAAACUGUUCCUUCGACGACCGCGAUGAGAUCGUUCAUCUUGGCCAGUGCUUUACUCGUGGCAGCCAACUGCGCCCCUGGAAUCAUCAGCGGUGGACACGGUGAUGGCGGCGGUGGAGGAGGUGACGGCUUCAGUUUCGGCGGUCACGGCAGCAGCAUCAGCUUCUUGGGCGGCCACGGUCUGAGCUAUGGUUCGGGCGGACACCUCUCCGAAGGCGGUGGCGGCGAAUCAGGCGGUCACGGCGGUGGCGGCGGAGGAGGAGGCGGAGAUGGCGGUGAUUUCCACCACGGCGUCAGCAUCGUCGGUCUCGGCGGUGGACAGAAAGGACAGAGCUUCGACCUCACCAACCAAGGAAGCCACAAACAUCAUGGAUUGUUCGGCGGUAGCUUCGUCGCCUCAAGCAAAUACAGCAACGGCGGCAGUGGAGGCGGCGGCGGAGGCGGUGGCGGUGGACAUGGAGGAUACGGAGGCCACGAAGGCGGAUACGAAGUGAACGAGGAGAGUGCGCAUUACAGCGACGUUUUGGGCGCCGACGAACAUUCUUCCGGCGGUGGCGGAGGUGCCGGAGGCGGUGACAUAGGUCUGGGCGGUUACGGAGGACUGGAAGGUGGAUUGGGAGGACACCUCGGUGGAGGUGGAGGCGGUGGAUUCGGUUUGGGAGGCCACGAAGCUCUGACCAUCGCGUUGUCUCACGGAGGAGGCGCCGGUUUGGGCGGCGGACUGGGCGGAUCCGGUGGAUUGCAUCAUUAUCGUUGAACGUGUCCGAUGAUGCCUCCACGUCUCUUUCCUCUUGUACAUAUUUAUUUCACUUCUCUCUCUCCCUCUUGUUGUUAUUGUUAUUAUUGUUGUUAUUGUUGAUGACGUUUUUUAAAUAAAAUGCCUUUUUGAUA